AACAUUAGGGCGCGGACAAUGAUGUCUAGCGUUAACAAUGAAGAGCAAGUUUUUAAUGAAAGUGCACUUGAGAACGGUGAUUUUGUGCUGAAGCCGAAUAGAUAUGCGUUUUUCAGUGCAAAAGGCUUGUUACAGAGAUGUAAUGAGGGCGGUUUGAAUAUUUAUGACCAUUUAGUUCAAAUGCUGUGUAGCAUUUUAAAAAAGAGUGGUGAAAACCCACUUGUAGAGUUGGAGAACUUUAGUCGCAAAGUUAAAAAGUAUAAAUGUUCAGCGGACUUGCACUUAUUGAAACGUGCAAAAGAGGUUUCUGCUGAUCUUGAAUUAGCGUUACGCCGUCGGCCAUAUUUCACAGUCCCUUCCAAAGAAGUGCGAGGAUCAGAAGUUUUACCUGAUUUGUCUAAACUUUUCUUUGCUUUGGGCCAAGCAGGCAUAGGUUUGUCUUAUCAUCUCAAUAAUAAGUUUUUGAGUAAGGCUUUCCCCAUGAAGAAAUUAUUAACCUUUCAUUAUCGAUUCGAUCGUUUCUAAAGAAGAUUUCACCAACUUUUGUAAGGUUUUGGGGAAAAUAUUUAGGAACUUCCCGGAAUUAUUACGUUUUAGAGUUAGAACUGGAACCUGAUGAUAAGAAUAUUUAUUCACCUGACACUCUCCCUAACCUGAAAGACAAUGAAAGUACGGCACGAUCAGAUGUUCAACUCAGCGAAAGAUUGGCAAUUCUCGAUAUGGAUCCGCUUCCGAAAUCCGAAUGGAAACCACAACUACCAGUACCACCAGAAGAACAAGGGAAAGGCACCAAUCGAAAAACAUACUUUGUUUGUAAUGUUUUAGGUGACGAUUGGGUCAGAUUGCCCGAUGUUACGCCAGAGCAGAUUGUCACCAGCCGGAUGAUAAAAUACCUUUGUACGGGUGAUUUGGAAGCGGAAAUUAAUACAUUUCCAACUUUCCCUGGAGUCGAAAAAAAUUUUCUUCGGGCACAAAUAGCACGGAUAUCUGGAUCAACUACAAUUUCUCCAAUAAAUUAUUAUCAAUUUAACGAAGAUGAAGAAGAAGAACAAAUAGAAGAAGAUGCUUUGAGAGAAAAUUUUAUAGAAAAUCCCGAAUAUGAGCCAAUGACUAUUUAUGAUUUGACUGACCCUACUUUAACUAAUUGGGUUCAUCAUACAGCUUAUAUAUUACCACAAGGUCGAACGGUUUGGUUGAAUACAGCAAUCAAGACAAAAGACGAACUAGAGGAUGAAAUGUCUGAAGAUGAAGAAGAGGAGCCUGAUGAACCUGAACCCGAAACAGGGCCUCCAUUGUUGACCCCAUUAUCAGAAGAUGCAGAAAUUGGUAGUAUUCCACCAUGGUCAACUCGCAUUACUUCACAGUUAAUACCUCAUUACGCAUAUGCUGUACUAUCAUCUAAUAUUUGGCCUGGUGCAUAUGCAUUAGCACAAGGCAGAUUUUUUGCAAAUAUCUACAUAGGCUGGGGAUUAAAAUAUACUGGGAUGAAUUUUAAUCCUCAAAUAAUGCCAAAGCCAUUUGAAGAAUUUCCAUCAGGAUUAGAAAUCACAGAGGUUGACGAUCCGACACCUGAAGAAGAAGCAGCUUGGAGAGCUGCACAAGCUGAAGCUGCUCAACGUCAGAAUGAAGGUCAAGAAGAGGAGGAGGAGGAAGAAGAAGAAGAGGAAGAAAGUGACAGUGGUGGUGAUGAUGAUAAUGAUGAUUAGAAGAUAAAUCACUUAACAAUAAAUUCAUUAUCGCAUAAAAUUUUCAUGUAUAUUUUUUGAGGAAAGUAACUUAUACACGAACUUUUUAAUUCAAUCUAACCCAAGUAACUGAUUUGGAAAAAUCAAUUUUACUAGAUGAUUAAUUUAAUCAGUGAUAUGUAAUGGUGAAAAUAAAAUAUGAUUAGUCAUGGAGCCUGGACAAACAAACACAGCCUACUGGCUAUAAGCUUGUGAUUUCAUUUCCUCUCAUUGAUUUUUACUCCGGAUUCACUGAAGGUGUCUGCUUGUAAUUGUGGUGAAUAGAGUGUUAUUUAGU